AUUUAGUAUCUCGCAUUUUCUCACUUCCGCUGACGGACACCUAUGCGCAUGGCAGCCAUGUAACUUCCUUUUCUACCGUAACUUCAGCCCCCAACCGAAGCUAUCGGAGUGACGAAGUUUUAACUUCGAAUAUCUCUAUCAUGGGGUUCGUAAAAGUUGUUAAAAACAAGGCAUACUUCAAGAGAUUUCAAGUGAAAUUCCGAAGGAGGAGAGAGGGACGUACCGAUUACUUUGCUCGCAAACGCUUGAUCUUCCAAGAGAAAAACAAGUACAAUACCCCGAAGUAUCGACUGAUUGUCCGUUUCACCAACAAGGACAUCAUUUGUCAGAUAGCGUACGCUCGGAUCGAAGGUGACAUUAUCAUUGCGGCUGCAUAUUCCCAUGAGUUACCUAGAUACGGCGUCAAGGUAGGGCUGACGAACUAUGCGGCUGCAUACUGCACUGGACUCCUCCUGGCCAGGAGGCUGCUUCAAAAGUUGAAACUUGAUUCCAUCUACACUGGAGUUGAGGAGGCAAAUGGUGAAGAAUACUACGUUGAAGAUGAGGAUGGCAAACCAGGCGCUUUCCGUGCUUACCUGGACAUUGGUCUAGUUCGUACCACCACUGGUGCAAGGGUGUUUGGAGCUUUGAAGGGAGCCGUUGAUGGUGGCAUCGACAUUCCCCACAGCAUGAAGAGGUUCCCAGGCUUUGACUCUGAGAGCAGCGAAUUCAAGGCCGACAUUCAUCGCAAUCACAUCUUGGGUCUGCACGUGGCAGGCUACAUGAAACACCUUAAGGAGGAAGAUGAAGACCUCUUCCGGAAACAGUUCUCUCGCUUCAUCAAGGAGGGAGUUACAGCUGAUACCAUUGAAGCGAUGUACAAGAAAGCCCAUGCUGCCAUUAGGGCAGACCCUGCCAAGAAGGCGAAGCCACAGAAGAAGAUUACCAAGAAGAGGUGGACCAAGGCGAAGGUCACUCUGGCUCAGCGCAAGGCCCGUGUCAAGCAAAAGAAGGCAGCUUUCAUCAAGAAGCUGGAAGCAGAGGCUGAUAAUUAAAGUCUGUACGCGAAAUGAACUCUGCAGAGACAUUAAAGAAUUGAUGUCUAAUCA